AUUCUACUGCUAUUGAGAUAGAUACACAUUCAUAUAUUGUCUUGCGUACCGAGAAAGAGAGCGAGAGAGAGAGGCAGAGAGAGGCCAAUUUUGCAGAAUUUAUAUACAUACGAUAUUUGUAUGCACACAGAGAGCUUCUAACAAGAUUUAUCAUCUAAAAGUGAUUUGUUUGCAGAUGAUGGAUGAUAUUGGAGUGGAUAGAGCAUGAUUUGUUGUAGAGUUGAAUUUAAUUAGAGAGAUGAAGAGGUCUGUAGAUGAUGCUUAUAUGAAUUCGCAGCUUAAACGUCCCACGGUUUCUUCCCGCCCUGAACCCUCUGGGCAAGCUCAGAUGAAUGGUGGAGGCAGCACGCAAAAACUAACAACAAAUGAUGCCCUAACAUACCUGAAGGCUGUGAAGGACAUUUUUCAUGAUAAAAGAGAACAAUAUGAUGAGUUUCUUGAAGUUAUGAAAGAUUUUAAGGCUCAAAGAAUUGAUACAACAGGUGUCAUAGAAAGGGUAAAGGAAUUAUUUAAAGGACACCAUGCACUGAUUUUAGGAUUUAAUACCUUUCUGCCCAAGGGAUACGAGAUUACUAUUCGGGAUGGUGAACCUUACGGUCCAGACCCGGCGAAGAAGUCAGUUGCAUUCGAGGAGGCCAUUAAAUUUGUAAACAAAAUUAAGACAAGGUUUCAAGGUGAUGAUCAGGUUUACAAGUCUUUCCUCGACAUCUUGAAUAUGUAUAGAAGGGAAAGCAAAAGCAUCAAAGAUGUCUAUCGCGAGGUUUCUGACCUUUUCCGUGAUCACCCAGACCUUUUAGUCGAGUUUGCUCACUUCUUACCCGAUUCCACAGGGACAGCGUCAAUUCAUUAUGCUCACACCACAAGGAACCCCAUCCUGUAUCGUGAUGAUAGGAGCUUACCCAUGACAACAAUGAGGCCUAUACAUCAGAAAGGCAUAUCUUCACAUGCUGACUGUGACAUCAGCACUGACCGAGCUGAUCCAGAUGAAAAAGAGCUGGCGAGAGUUGACAAAGAGCAGAGAAGGCGUGGUGACAAAGAGCGAGACAAGGAUCGAGAUGAUAAAGAUAUAGACCAGGACAUUAAAUGUUCUCCGCAAAAACGCAAGAAUGCCCAUAGAGUUGAUGACAUUGUCACUGACCCAUAUAAUAAAGGUAUGCUUGAAGAAGGAUGUUCCUUUUUUGAGAAGGUGAAGGAGAGGCUACGUAAUUCAGAGCAGUAUCUGGAAAUUUACAGGUGUCUCGAUGUUUUCAACAGAGGCAUAAUCACACGGUCGGAAUUGGAUUCUCUGGUUGGUAAUAUUAUCGGAAGGUAUUCAGACCUUAUGGAAGGCUUCAAUGAAAUCAUAAACCGCGCUGAUAAGAUUGGGGGUUUUCUUGCUGGUAUUCUGAGCAAAAGAUUUUUGUGGAGUGAUGGGCAUUUACCUAGAUCGGGAAAGAUGGAUGAUAGAGAUAGAGACGACGAUAAUAUGGACCGUGAAAGCAAAGAGAGGGAUGGACUUGAUAAAGGAGUAGGCUCCGGAAACAAGGAUGUGUCGGGAAACAGAAUUUCUCUAUAUUCGAGCAAGGAUAAGUUUUUGGCUAAACCAAUUCAAGAACUUGACCUUUCUAACUGUGAGAGCUGCACACCUAGUUACCGUCUUUUGCCUAACAAUUAUCCGAUUCCUUCAGUAAGCCAGAGAACAAAUAUUGGUGUUGAAGUAUUGAAUGAUCACUGGGUUUCAGUCACUUCAGGAAGUGAGGAUUACUCUUUUAAACACAUGCGCAAAAACCAGUAUGAGGAAAGCUUGUUUCGAUGUGAAGAUGAUAGAUUUGAACUGGACAUGUUACUGGAAUCUGUUAACGUGACAACAAAACGCGUUGAAGAACUAUUAGACAGGAUCAAUGAUAAUUCCAUCAAAACGGACAGCUUGAUUCAUAUCGAAGACCAUUUUACAGCUUUAAAUCUAAGGUGCAUUGAACGUCUGUAUGGUGAUCACGGGCUUGACGUGAUGGAUGUAUUAAGGAAAAAUGCACCUCUUGCCCUGCCAGUAAUAUUAACACGCUUGAAGCAGAAACAAGAAGAGUGGGCGAGAUGUCGUUCUGAUUUCAAUAAAGUUUGGGCUGAAAUCUAUUCUAAGAACUACCAUAAAUCACUUGAUCACAGGAGUUUUUAUUUUAAGCAGCAAGAUUCAAAGAGCCUGAGCACAAAAGCAUUGCUGACUGAGAUCAAAGAAAUCAACGAAACUCAACAUAGAGAGGAUGAUGUAUUGUUAUCUCUUGGUGCUGGAAACAGAAGGCCUGUUGUACCAAAUUUGGAUUUUAAAUAUCCUGAUUCGGACAUUCAUGAAGAUCUUUAUCAGCUCAUUAAAUAUUCCUGUGGAGAAAUAUGUUCAACUGAACAGUUGGAUAAAGUUAUGAAGGUGUGGACGACAUUCCUCGAACCAGUGCUUGGUGUUCCAUCUCAUCCGCAUUGUGCAGAAGACACUGAAGAUUUUGUUAAGGGUAAUAGUGUUGUCCCUGGUUGUGGAGAUAGUGAUGGUAGUCCUCUUGGUUCAGCCGUUGUAAGUAAUUGCAAACACUCGAAACCAUCUCGAAAUGGAGAUGAUAAUACUCCCCCUGAGUAUUCGAGUACCUCUAGAGCAUGGUUAGUAAACUCCGGUAAUGGGGUUAAGGAAAAUGGUUAUCACGAUCCAGAUCAUAUUGCACAUAAGAACAACUUAUGCCAAGAUGGAAAUGCGCAAAUUAUUGCUACUGCAGCAGAUAUUACAUCAAGGAUCAGCAAGAAUGAACAGCUAGCAUGUUCAAGUGUCUCAAUUUCAGCUGGAGUAGAGGAAAGUCAUGGAAGGCUUGAAGGGGGGCAUACAUCAGGUCUCUGUGCAACUCCUUUGAAACCUGGUAAAGCUGUGGCUGAUGGACUUUCUGAAAAGUUACCUUCGUCAGAGGGUGGUGAUGGUACAAAACCAGUUUCAUCUUCUAAUGGAGCAGUGCCAGAAAGCAUCAGAAAUCGGAAAUAUAAUGAAGAAAACGCUGGGCACAAUAAAAUUGAAAGAGAGGAGGGUGAAUUAUCCCCAAAUGGAGAUUUUGAAGAAGAUAACUUCCAGGUGUAUGGAGAUUCUGCUGCAGAGGCUACUCGAAAACUCAAAACCGGUACCACAAAUGUGCAAAAAUAUCAAACCAGCCAGAAAAAAGAAGUUUGUGGUGGAGAGAGACUUAAAACUGAUGUUGAUGCCUAUAAUGAAGGUGAGGAAAGUGCUCACAGAUCAUCAGACACAGAGAAUGCCUCCGAAAAUGGUGAAGCUUCAAGAAGUGAGUCUGCUGAUGGAGAUGAUUGCUCCCAUGAACGUGAAGUAGGAGAACAGGAAGAGAAGGCUGAGAGUGAGGGCGAGGCUGAAGGAACUGCAGACGCCCAUGAUAAUGAAGGAGAUGGAACACAUGCACCGUUUUCUGGAAGUUUUUUACAAUCAGUAAAGCCUCUCAUUAUGCACGUGCCUUCAACGACAAAGGAGAAGAAAAAGAUAUCUCAAAUUUUUUAUGGAAAUGAUUCUUUCUAUGUGCUUUUCCGUCUUCAUCAAACACUAUAUGAAAGAAUAAAGUCCGCAAAGUCAUCUGCUGAAAAGAAUUGGAAGGGUUCAAAUGAUAAAACCCCAAAUGAUUUGUAUGCUAGGUUUAUAAAUUCAUUCUACAGUCUGCUGGAUGGAUCCUCUGAUAAUACAAAAUUUGAGGAUGAGUGCCGAGCUAUGAUGGGAGCCCAGUCAUAUGUUCUCUUCACAUUAGACAAACUAAUAUAUAAAAUUGUCAAACAGUUGCAAGCAGUUGCAACAGAUGAAAUGGACAACAAACUGCUCCAGCUAUAUGCAUAUGAAAAAUCAAGAAAAGGUGGGAGAUUUGUUGAUACAAUAUAUCAUGACAAUGCCCGUGUCCUACUUCAUGAUGAGAACAUAUAUCGUAUUGAAUGUUCACCGGCACCACUGCAUGUGUCUAUACAACUUAUGGAUUAUGGGUAUGAGAAGCCUGAAGUAACUGCUGUUUCCAUGGACCCAAACUUUGCAUCUUAUAUGAACAAUGAUUUCCUUUCCCUUGUCCGAGACACAAAGAAGCCAGGGAUUGCCUUGACGAGAAAUAAGCGCAAAUUUGCAUGCGAAGAUGAGAUAUCCGUAACUAGCCAGGCCAUGGAGGGGCUUCAAAUCUUUAAUGGUCUCGAAUGCAAGAUAUCCUGCAAUUCAUACAAGGUCUCUUAUGUUUUAGAUACUGAAGAUUUCUUGUGCCGGAUAAAAAGGAGAAGAACUAAUCACUUGAGUGGAUCAAACUGCGACUCGGCAAAUCCUUCAAAUGCUAGUUCAGACCGAGCAGAAAAGUUUAAUAGAUUGUUAUGUGCCUUGUAGGAUAAUGCAAUUAUAUGACCUCUAAAGUAGUAUGGUUGCUUCAAAAAGAUAAAAGGAAACAAGGGAAACACCUCUCAGAUCCAACUUCUGAAUCUAGUGGAAGUUCACAUGCCAGCACACUGAUGAUAUUUGUAGUCUUGGUAGUUUCUAGGUGAUGUAUUCUUUAGCAAUGUCUUAAAAUGUCAAAUAACUACUCCAAAAAGCUGCAUCUCUUUUGUUCUCAAGAACUCUGUUGCACACUUUAUACAAUAUAUCUUCGAGAGAUUAAGUAGGAGCUUUUGUGGAAUAUAAUGGUAUUAGUUUGUUUUGCCA